AAAUGGCAGCCUCCAUGGAGAACUCCGGCGAUGAUUGUUUACGCAAAUCACUUCUAAUCGCGCGGAUUACUGGGUCACCGUUGUCGUCCGCCUCGCUACGACGCGCCGGACAGUAGCGGGAAUCCGAGCCGGUGCGUUGUUUGUGCCCUGAUCGCCGUGACAGCGGCGCCGUCGCGAUGAGCGAAGACGGCGAUACGACGGCGGCCGACGGCAUCGCGUCGCCGAAACCCACGGAUUGCUCGGCUAGCGAUGGCAGUCCGGGAGCCGCUUCGACGACCGUCUCCACUGCUGACGAGAGUGCCGACGUGGACGUCGAAGUGGACGACAGCCAUGCUCGACAUUUGAGGCCCAAGCGCCGCAGCGUGCCCGCGGCCACCUUCGGCUGUCCCGUGUGCGGCGUGACGCUCCGGCAGCAAGAGCUGCAGCAGCACUGGCAGCUCGAGGUGGACAGGCUGCAGGGAAUCGCCAGGAACGUGGCGAGGAGGCACCGCUCCGACUCGACGCCAGCUGGCAACUCCAACAGAAGGAACCCUCGUCGGGAGCAGUCCCUGGAACGGGUGCGCGCCAACCGCGACCAGCGGCGACUGGGAACGGGGGUUCACUGUCCCGUGUGCCACGUCGCUCUUCGGGGGUGUCCUGAACGUCUGGCCGAACACGUCAACAAUUGCCUCGCCAGGCAAGAGGACUACGACCUGAUGGACGAGGACGACGACGUGGACGUGGACGGUCUUGGCGUGGGCGAGUCCUUUGACGAGUACGAGUGGGCCGGUCAGAGCCGCCUCAGAGCCACGUCGCUGCUCGAGGGUGGGUUCCGCGCUGCCGGCUGGGUUACGGCCGGCACCAGCGGCGGCAGCAGUAGCAGCAGCAGCGCCACCGCAGCCGCCGCCGCCGCCACCACCUGCCGCGCUGCGAACGACGAAGACGACGUGGACGUGGUCCUAGACGUGGACGGAGACGCCUACGGCAGAGCGCAGUUUUCGGAGGCAGACCUCAUUCCCCUGGCAAGCAGCGAGCCUGCCGAACAACGUGAAAGGACGCUUCUGCGACAGGCUGUGCUCUCUGCUGCUGGUGCCACCUUUCGGUCGAGCGUCUCACCACGGAGGGACGAAGGCGGCGACAACCCGUCGAUUCAAAGCCCGGAAGCCCCCGCAGUGGAGAAGCCUACGUCAGAUGGCGUUGAGGAGGCUAAAAGAACCGACCUGGACCUGCCCAAGGGGUCGAUGUCUCAAGUGGUGAACUCACUGCGGGAACGACUGCGGCAGCUGCAGGAAGAGAACCAAGCUGUGACCAAGUGCCUCAUUUGUAUGGAUCCUUACGAAAACCCUGUGGUGUCUGUUGUCUGCUGGCAUGUUCACUGCCAAGAGUGCUGGCUCAAGACACUGGGUGCAAAGAAGCUGUGUCCCCAGUGCAAUUCCAUAACUAGUGCCAGUGACCUGCGAAGGAUCUACCUAUGAUGUGUGAUAACUGAUUGUUUGCAGCUUUAGGAAUUUUUACUAGACCUACAAUGUCUACUUGACUUGUGAUGUAUGGCUGGCAGGAAGAUUUUUUUUGUUUUUUUUUACCGACUCCCCUCUCUUUCUCCCCCCCAAAAACAUGCACUUGUGAGAAACAAGCAAGCAAUUUAUUGAAAAUAGCACUGACGUCUUUCUGUGUAAAGCACCAGGCUGUAAAAAGAAAAGACUCAUUUACUGGUUGUUACAUUUUACAAUGAAUUUUUCUUUUAUGGAUGGAAUCUACUGCUGUGUCUUCACUGACAUUUAUGCAUAUUACUUGUGAGGGGCAAAAAACCCACGUGUCACUUUUUUGACACUAUGUGAUUCAUGUUCAUAGUUCAUGUGUUAAAUAUUCACCUUGUUCGUUUGUUCACUUAACAUAGCGCGCUAGUAUGAACUGAGCCAGCAGUGCUGUUUGAAGUACGUGAAGCAAGCAAGGCUGUCAGAGUCGACCUCACUAAGUUCCCUUUGAAUGUUUCUUUUGUACAUCAUAUUCAAUGCAGCUGAAAGAAUGAUGCAUAGCUGCGAACGCACAAAGUAUGCCUGUUUUAAAGCGCUCUCAGGUGUGAGCAACUGUAAAUAAAAGUACAUGUAUAUGUUUGA